AUGGCCACAGCAUGGAUGCCAAGGGCGAGGUCAUUGCUCCACGAACAAGCACGAAGGCUGACAACAGGAUUCAAGUCUAGAACACUCUCAACAACAACAACCAGCACCAUCGCGCAAACGCCAUUCCGAUCCCUCAAGCCCCUGACCCGUCUUGGUCAGCAACAGUCCCUACAGGAUCUCUCACGGGUCCAACAAAAGUUUUACACCACCCUUCACCAGUCAUCAAGGACUCAAUCUGGCCGGAGGCGCUGGGGACCUGUCACCAUUGGGCUGGCCCUGUGCCCCAUCAUCACAUUUGGACUGGGUACUUGGCAGGUCCAGCGACUGCGCUGGAAGGUCCAAUUGAUCGAGAAUCUCGAGGAUAGAAUGUCCCUCGAUGCCAUUCCUCUCCCUCGCAAAGUCAACUUGAGCGCAGUCGAGGAUUUUGAGUAUCGCAAGGUCAAAGUCACUGGAAAGUUCAGACACGAUCAGGAGAUUCUUCUGGGACCACGGACCAGAGGCGACGGACAGCCUGGAUAUUUCUUGAUUACCCCCUUUGAACGCACUAAUGGAUCAAAGAUCCUUGUGAGACGAGGAUGGGUACCACGGGAUAAGAAGGAACAGUCCACACGCUUGGACGGUCUUACAGAAGGAGAAGUAACAUUGGAAGGAUUGUUGAGAUCAGGCGAACAAAAGGCAUCUUCAUUCGUCCCCGAGAACAGCCCCGAGAAGAACGAAUGGUACUCACUCGAUCUGGAGGCCAUGGCCAAACAGUCCGACUCUCAGCCUGUCGUCGUCGAAAUGAUUCUUGAUACGCCUGCUCAUUUGAUCAAGUCAGAAUUGAUUGACAAGGAUAUUCCCGUUGGACGCUCGCCAGUCGUCGAACUUCGUAACCACCACAAAGAGUACAUCGUUACAUGGUACUCACUUUGUGUGGCAACGACGGCAAUGCUCUACAUUUUGAUGAGGCGACCACCAGCAAUCAAGAAGUCGCCCCAGAUGUUGCCUCGUCACGUCUAG